AUGAACGUGACGCUCGGCACUGGGGACGGUGCUGACUUUUGGGUUUUCGGGUUUGGGAGUCUGAUCUGGAAGCCAGACAUUCCGUUCGAGGAGUGUCGGGAUGCGUUCAUAACCGGUUGGAGGAGACGAUUCUGGCAGCACUCGACGGACCACCGGGGUACGGAAUCGUACCCGGGACGCGUUGCGACGCUGGUGCUAGCAGAGCAGCCAGGAGAGCGCUGCUACGGCCGCGCGUACCGCGUCGAUAACGAAGCGGCCGCUGACGUUCUGGCGUACCUGGACGAACGAGAGAAACAAGGAUACUCUCGACUCGCUUUACCUGUGUAUGAUGCGCGUAGCGCUGAGCAGAUAACGAAGCAUGCUCUAGUCUAUAUCGCUCGAGAGGAUAACCCGCAUUUUGUGCGAGCCGCGGACGAGCGGCAGAUACCCGUUCUUUGUCGUAUUAUUGCCCGCGCUCGUGGUCCAUCCGGUGAUAACGCGACCUAUUUAUUCCGCUUAAAGGAAAGUCUUGAUGAAAUCGGUGUCCGAGAUGAACAUGUGGAUGAAUUGGUAUUCGGUGUACGAGCUGAACUCGAGGCACUGGCGUCAGCGUGCUCCGAGUCGACGCCGCAUGGGGUUGCGGUGGCUCCUACAGCCGCCAGUUUCGACGCGGUACCCGCGUCGUCCGAUGACCUGCGAUAG